AUGAGCUGCAAUGGCUGCCGAGUUCUCAGGAAGGGCUGCAGCGACAAUUGCAUGUUAAGGCAAUGCCUGCAAUUAAUCGACAACCCGCAAGCCCAAGCCCACGCCACCGUCUUCGUCGCCAAGUUCUUCGGCCGCGCCGGCCUCAUGUCUUUCAUUGCCGCUGUCCCCGAAGACCAACGGCCCGCUUUGUUUCAGUCUCUUCUGUAUGAAGCAGUGGGAAGGACAAUCAACCCGGUGCAUGGAGCGGUGGGGCUUCUGUGGACGGGGAACUGGCACGUGUGCCAGUCAGCGGCGGAGACGGUGCUCCGAGGCGGCGCGUUGGGGCCACUCGCGGAGUCUCACGGCGGAGUUGCUGCAGCUGAUCAAUCGGUCGAUAAUGCAUCCGAGUACACGGUCAACCGGUUCAUGGGACGGCAGCGCUCGAGGUCGCGGCCCAAAAGGCGGCCUUUUAACGUCGAGGACGCCGACGAUUCGAUGUCUCCUGAUCUCGAUCUAUGCUUGGUGGCGAAGCCGAGAGCUCCGUCGGAGGAGUCCGAAACGACGACGUUGGCGAGCAGUUCUUCGGCGGACAAUUUGGAUUCUAGUUUAGGAGGGGGCACAAGAACGGUUCUCAGGUUGUUCAUCUGA